AGAGCCGGGCAGAGCCGAGCCGAGCCGAGCCGCGCAGCGCCGUCCCGUUCCUGCCCGUCCCCGUCAUGUCGUCGGCCGGCAGCCUGAGCACCAUGCAGCGCCUGGUGGAGCAGCUGAAGCUGGAGGCCGCCGUGGAGAGGAUCAAGGUCUCCCAGGCAGCUGCAGAGCUCCAGCAAUACUGCAUGCAAAAUGCCUGCAAAGAUGCCUUGCUGGUUGGGGUUCCUGCGGGGAGCAAUCCCUUCCGUGAGCCCAGAUCCUGCACUCUGCUCUGAAGUCAGGGGAGGUCAGCAGAGAGAUGCCUCGAAGCACGACACGACAAACCAUGGCCUUUUCCUCAAGAAAAGCAUCUCUGUGCCCUUACUUCUGCGUGGCUAAAACUCGGAUAUUUAUCUAUUCCUUCUUGUGCAUUCAUACCUCACUGUUUUACUAAUGUUUUUAUAGUUUUGUAAUGUAAGUAGUCCUUUUUGUAGAAGUCACCACUGUUACUACACUAUCCUAUCUACACAAAUACUAAACUUGAGAAGUUUACAUUUUAGGAAACGAAAACAUGAUAGUUUUUACCAAAUUACCUAUUUCUGACCUGGUAGGUUGUUGGGCUGCAGUGAUGGCAAUAACUACUGCUAUUUCCCAAAACAGAACAUCUGAAAAAUGAACUGUUAACACCUAAAAGCAAAUGCUGGUAGUACUACCAGAAAUGUUCUCAGAAGGAAGUUUUUCUUUAAAUAGCAAGACCUGAAACCAGCAACACUGCUUUCUUUCUCAAGUGCUUGUAAGUCCAUAGAUGGCACCUAUUAGGAACUGCUUGACACGAUGUGUAGCACAGUCUUGUUCCAUAAGGGCACCAACCUUACAAAAAUCCGGAGCUGUUUAAUGCUUCUCACGAUUUGUCUUUGUAAACAUACUGCCUUGGUGGAAUCUCAUGUUUAAACGUUGAAAAUGUAUCCGAACUCACUCUAGAAGCACACGAGCUCCUAAGGGCAGCUGCACGCACGAUUUUCAAGCUUUGAGGUACACAGAAUUACCAAGUUACACAAACAGACUACACGUGGUCUUUCGCCUUCACUUUUCUAUAGAACACUUUUACAAGGACAAAAAAAUUUUUUACUAGGUUUUCCAUUUUGUUUACUUUCUACUGUUUGUAUUAAUCUUCUGAAAGUUUGGAAAUAAAAUUCCUUUCCCUA